UGCUUGAAAGGGUUAGCAGGCUUCGGUGGUGUGCGGAGUGUGCGUGUGUGUGCACGCACUGACUUGGGAGGCACUAAGCCGGCGCGCGCGUGUGUGUGUGCAUGCAUGCACGCGUGCUGAUAAUGCUCGCGGGCGUGCGGCUCUACAUCACUGCUCAGUGAGAGUGGGACUGCGAGGUAGCCGGCCACCUGGCACGGUACUAUGGGGGGACAGAUAACGAGAAACACUCUAUACGACUCUAUAGGUGGGCCCUUUCCAGCUUCUUCUCACCGAUGCCACCACAAGCAGAAGCACUAUCUCCCCAUCCCGCAGUGUGGAGCUCUGUCGAUCAGCCCGCUGCUUUUCCACCCCCACACCAAGGGGUCCCAGAUCAUCAUGGACACAAGUCAGAAGGCAGUGAAGCGUCAGGCCAGCUUCUGCAACGCCAUUACCUUCAGCAACAGGCCUAUCGUUAUCUACGAGCAGGUCAGGCUUAAGAUCACCAAGAAGCAGUGCUGCUGGAGCGGGGCCCUUCGGCUUGGAUUUACUUCGAAGGAUCCCUCCAGGAUUAACCCAGACACUUUGCCAAAGUACGCUUGCCCGGACUUGGUUUCCCAGAGCGGGUUCUGGGCCAAGGCUCUGCCAGAGGAGUUUGCAAAUGAAGGCAACAUCAUCGCGUUCUGGGUGGACAAGAAAGGACGGGUGUUUUACCGAGUCAAUGACUCUGCUGCAAUGUUGUUCUUCAGCGGAGUGAGGACCACCGAGCCCCUGUGGGCUCUGAUCGAUGUGUACGGACUCACCCGGGGGGUGCAGCUAUUAGACAGCGAAAUCAUUCCUCCCGACUGCCUGCGCCCCAGAUCCUUCACGGCCAUCCGCCGGCCCUCGCUGCGCAGAGACACGGAGGACACACGGCUCUCGGUGAGCCUCUGUGACCUCAACCUCCAGGAGGAAAACUUCCACGUCAUGGCCACCACGUGCCCCAUCCCGCAAAACUCCCUCAACUCCCAGCACUCCCACCUCCUCCCGUCCCAGCUCGAAAGCGACCUCCGCUUCCACCAGCUCCGGGGAGCCCACAUCAAAAUCCUGGACGACCAAACCGUGGCCCGGCUGGAGCACGCCCGCGAGGAGAGGACUUUGGUUUUCACCAGCAGGCCCCUCCGAAUCAACGAGACCAUUUUCGUCAAAAUUAACAAAUCGAACGCCUCGCGCACCGGGACGCUGUCGUACGGGGUGACUUCUUGCGACCCCGGGACCUUGAGACCCAGCGACCUCCCGUAUAACCCGGAGUCUCUGGUGGACAGGAAGGAGUUCUGGGCGGUCUGCCGGGUGCUGGUGCCCCUGCAGAGCGGAGACAUCCUGGGAUUUGUGGUGAACUCGGAGGGCGAGCUGCAUUUGAGUCACAACGGGGCCGGCGCCGGCAUGCAGGUCUGCGUGGACUGCUCCCAGCCCCUGUGGAUGUUCUUUGGUCUGCACGGAGCCGUGAUGCAAAUCCGCGUUCUGGGUUCCACCAUCCUGGCCGAGCGACGGGGCCCGUCCAUCCCAAGCUCCCCCACCUCGGCUCCCAGUUCCCCCACCACCCUCUGCAGCGGGGUUUCCGACCCAAUCUUGACCACCUGCGGCUCAGGCCUGCUCUGCAGCUCAAUCAGCGGCACGGCUCCGAACUCCCCGGUUAGCAUGCCGGAGUCCCCCAUCUCCCCCUCCGUCUCAGGGGCCUGGGGAGACGAAUGCACCAUCUGCUACGAGAACAUGGUGGACACGGUCAUUUACUCCUGCGGGCACAUGUGUCUCUGCUAUUCCUGCGGGCUGAAGCUCAAGAAGAUGGCCAACGCCUGCUGCCCCAUUUGCAGGCGGGCCAUCAAGGAUAUCAUCAAAACCUACCGCAGCACCUAGAGCCGCAGGGCUGGCAGGGGUGGGGUGGAGGAGGACGCGCGGGGAGAAGAGCCCCGGUUUUCAUUCAUCGUCUGUGAGAGCCGAUAUCUGAAGCACCCCGGGGGUGCUGGGGGCGGUGAGCGAGGGGGUGGCCCGGCUGCAACUGCUCUUCCAACCCCACCAGCAAGCCGCUGGCUCUGGACUCCAGGGCAUCAGGGAAGCCGAGGCAAAUCUGCUCUUACCAAUGGAUUUAAUGUUUAAUCUCAAUGCAACAGCUGGAGCUCUCCGACCUCCUCUGCACUGCGCAGGGGCAUCUCCGACGCUUGGGAAGGUGGCUGUGGAGAUGUGCCCCCUGCCCCAAAGGGGUGGCGAUGGCUGGCAGAUGGGAACCAUCUCGGAGGAAAGGAGGGAGCCAUCUUGGGUGCACGAGCCUCCUUGAAGAGCAGGACCACGUGGGGGGUUUGGAAGAGGCGGAGGGGCUGCCAGCCGUUGCAGAAGGGACUUGUGCGGUAGGCAGAAGAGAAAAUUAAAAACCCAACCCCUUUUCCUAAGGGUAAGACAAGCCCUUUCCCCCCUGCCAGGCCGCUGGCAAGCUCAGCAGUCGCCCUGGAGAGGAAGAAACCGAUGCCUUGGCCGCCUCAGUGUGCCUCAACUUGCUGGAGAAAGACGCUAGCGGCAGCUGGAGUCUGCCCAAGGGUGCCGGGACGCCGCCCUGCUGAAGACACCCGCGUUGGGCGCCUGCUCUGCGCCUCGCCACCCAGCCACCGUCCUUUCCCCGCUGACCAUCUCCUGUCCUCGCAGUCCCAGUCGUGACCGCAGCACCCCCCCACUGCAUGACCC